CGGGGCCGCGCGGGGCGGUGGCGGGGUCGGGGCCGCGGCCGGGGUCGCGGUUGCACCGGGCCCGACCGGACGGGAGGGGGACAGGGCCCGGCCCAGGUGAGGCCUCGCCGGUGAGCAGCACCGGGAGCAGCCGCCGCGUCUCCCCGAGGACCGGGAGGGUGCCGGUGCCAUGAAGGAGGACCGCGAGCACCCCGUCACCCUGGGUUACGCCGUCACCAAACCCGACAUCCUGGCCGAGGUGGAGCGAGGGGAGGAGGAGGAGGCGGCGGCGGGGUGCUACGGGGAGCACCGGAGCCACCGGCCGCGCACGGUGCCCGCCGGACCCUCCCAGGGGGACUGGCUGGGGAAGGAGAUGAAGGACGAGGAGGGGGUAUCCCCGCCGCCCGGCUCCCCGCCAUCCCGCUGUGCCGGCCCCAGCGACUUCCCCAUCCCGCUGCGGGAACAGGGCUGCAGCUACUGCGGCGUCCUCGAGCCAGAGCCGAAUCCUGGUGCCGGUAACAGGGGGUUCAUCGUCCUACCUCCUGCCUUUGAGAGCCACCGCUGCCAGCCGGGGGAGCCGCCGCUCGAGUGCCCCAAGUGUGGCCGAGGCUUCGGGCAAAAGCCGGACCUGGUGCGGCACCGGCUGGCGCACGGCGGGGAGCGCGCCUACACCUGCAACCGCUGUGGGAGAGGCUUUGCCGAGCCCGCGGGGCUGGGGGCUGCGGGCAGCCCCUGCCGCCCAGCCCCCUGCACCGGCCGCUCCCCGGGGACGGCGGAGGGGGGAACGGCAACACCCCGGAAGGAGCGGAAGGAGCUGUCGCUGACGGAGAAGGUGCGGGUGCUGGAGAUGCUGGAGGGCCCCAAGGUGUCUCAGAGCGAGCUGGCCAAGCGCUUCGGGGUGUCGCAGCCCCAGAUCUGCCGCAUCAUCAAGAACAAGGAGCGGAUCCUGAGCGAGUGGCACCGCAAUGGCGACCCCGAACGCAAACGCAAGCGGGAGGGGAAGGACGUGGCCCUUGAGGCUGCCCUGCUGCGCUGGGUGGAGGGUGCCCGUGCCACCGACCUGCCCGUCAGCAGCCCGCUCCUCCAGCUCAAGGCCAAACACCUCGCCGAGGCGCUGGGCCGCCCUGACCCAGAGCCCAGCGGCGGCUGGCUGGCUCGUUUCGAGGCACGCCACAACCUCGCCUUCAAGAAGCCGCCGGUGGAGAAAGGGGAUGCGGAGCAGCCCACGGCCGACCACUGGGCCGGCGCGGUGCUGCCCAGCCUCCUCCGCAGCUAUGCGCUCUCCGAGAUCUACGCCUGCGGGGAGAUGGGGGUCCUCCUCCCAGCCAGCUCCCCCGGCAAGGGCGAGAGCGCCGGCGACCGGCUGACGGUCCUGCUCUGCACCAACGCGGACGGCUCGGAGAAGGCCCCGCUGCGGGUGGUGGGGGAGAUCCCCCGGCCCCCCUGCCUGCGGGGCGUCAACCUGGGGCAGAUGCCCUGGAGCUACCGCGCCGGCAGCCUGGCUGGCAUGACCGCCCCCCUCUUUGCCGAGUGGCUGCGGGAGUUCAACGAGGGGAUGUGGCGGCAGGGGAAGAGCAUCCUCCUCCUCCUCACCAAGCACGAGGCGCACCCCUACCUCCAGCUUUCCAACGUCAGGAUGGUCUUCGUCCCGCCGGCUGCCGCCCUGGCCCAGCCCCUGGACCGCGGCAUCACCAGCGACCUCAAGGGCCACUACCGGCGCCGGUUGCUGAGGUGGCUGCUGGCGGAGCGUGGCACGGGGCAGCCGACCCUCCUGGAUGCCCUGCACAUGCUGGCGCAAGCCUGGGGCGACGUGCACCCGGGGCUCAUCGCUAGCUGCUUCCGUGCCACCGGCUUCAGCCCCGAUGCUGGCACCGAGGCCCCGGCCCCGGCCCCGGCGCCCGGCCCGCUCAGCCAGGAGCAGCUGGAGCGCCGCACGAUGACGGACGAGGAGCUGGAGCGCGACGGGGAGUUGGCGGAGGCGGAUGGGGACAAGGGGACGGCGGAGGGCAAGGACGGGGGAGAGCUGGCGGCGGUGCAGCCCUGCCCCUCGGAGCGAGAGGUCUGGGGGAGCCUGGCCACGCUGCGGCGGUACCUGGAGUGCAGGGCCACCUCGCCGGACCUCUUCCAGGCCUUCUACGAGCUGGAGGAUGCAGUGCACAUGGUGUCAGCCGGCACCGGGCGAGCCCUCAUCAGGGACACCCCUCCCAAGCAGUGAGCGGAGUGGCCAGCACGUGCCUGGACCCACUCGUGCCCAUGAUGGGGACCGGCGCUCAUCGGGGCCGUCACCGGACUGGCCUGGCCAUCAUCUCCUGCGGCAGCACCAGCUGAGUUGUGCUGUGGGGUUUGCUGUGGGUUCACGUGGCUCGGGCAAAAGGGAUGUCUGGCAGGGAGCACCAUGCACGGGGGCUGCGGAGCCACCGCACUCUGGAUGUCACCUAUCGGGGCAGUGCCGGGGGCCGGCGGUUGCAGCACCGGGGACGUGAACCUGCUGCCGAAACCUUCUCCCAGGGGGUGGCUUCUGCAGCCGUGGAGCUGCCCCUGGAGAGGAUUUGCCCUGAGUGUGGUAGUUGUGUUUGCUGGGGGGGUGGGGGAUGUGGGGUGGUGCUGGGGUGUCCCCAUGCCGGGGGCAGUGGCUCCUUCCCACAGGGGUUUGGGGGAACCGGGUGCCACUGGUUGCUGUCGCCACGUGGUGACACCAGGGGUUUGUAACAGGCAUUAAAAAGGAAGAAUUCAGCAAA